GCUGUCUUCAAUUGUUUAUGUUACCAGCUCACUAGUUUGACAUCUAUUCACAGGUAUAUUAUUAUUAAACUAUAUCUACAUACACAUACAAGUAUCCAAACUGCCCUUUGCUUGUCAGGGUGUGUGCUGCUAAGGUUACGUGUUUGGCUGUCUGCGAUGGUCCGAGAGAGUGAUGUUUCGUUGCUGAAAAUGACUUCGGAGUAACAAAUCUACUGUUUCUACUCACUAUGAACAGCGAGGAGGAGUUUUACGACGCCGAGACAGGGCUUGAGUCAGAUGAUUCCUUGGAGGUCAGUUUCAAGGAUGCCCUGGUGCUUGACAGCAGUGAUCAGGUGACUGAUAGCUCUGCUGCAGAGCAGAAUGCAGUGUGGCAGCGUAGGAAAACCUUGCCUGCUGAAAUGAUCACCAGAAACAACUUCAGUGUGACGAGCAUACUGAAGAAAUGUAUCGGCAUGGAGCUGUCCAAAAUAGCGAUGCCUGUUGUGUUUAAUGAGCCCCUGAGCUUCCUCCAGAGAAUCUCGGAGUACAUGGAACACACACACCUCAUCCACAAAGCCUGCCGUUUGUCGGACUCUACAGACCGCAUGCAGGUUGUUGCCGCCUUUGCUGUUUCAGCUGUAGCAUCUCAAUGGGAAAGGACUGGAAAGCCAUUUAAUCCUUUACUGGGAGAGACUUUUGAACUCAUGAGAGAGGACGAUGGCUACAGAUUGAUCUCGGAGCAGGUAAGCCACCACCCGCCCAUCAGUGCCUUCCAUGCAGAGUCUCUGAAGCAAGAGUUUGCUUUCCAUGGAUCCAUUUACCCAAAACUCAAGUUCUGGGGAAAAAGUGUCGAGGCCGAACCCAAAGGCACAAUGACGCUGGAGUUACUGAAACAUAAAGAAGCUUACACAUGGACAAACCCAAUGUGCUGUGUGCACAACGUCAUCUUAGGAAAGCUUUGGAUCGAGCAAUAUGGAACAGUAGAGAUUGUAAAUCACAGCACGGGAGAUAAGUGUGUGUUGAACUUCAAACCCUGUGGCAUGUUUGGAAAAGAGCUGCACAACGUGGAAGGUCACAUACAAGACAGCAGUAAGAAGAAACAUAGUGUGAUUUAUGGAAAGUGGACCGAGUGCAUGUACAGUGUGGACCCUAAGGUCUAUGAAGCACACAAAAAGUCCGACAAGAAGGCAGGAGGGGACUCAAAGAAGCUGAAGCAGGAACAUAGUUGUGAAGAUGAGAAUGCCGUUCUAGAGACUGUAACUGUGAUACCAGAAAGUGCCUUACUGUGGAGGAUAUCGCCACGACCCGCUCACUCAGAACAGAUGUAUAACUUUACCAGCUUUGCCAUGACACUAAACGAGCUGGAGCCCGGCAUGGAGCAACUACUUGCACCGACUGACUGUCGGCACAGGCCCGACAUCAGAGCCAUGGAGAACGGAGAAAUAGACAAAGCAAGUGCAGAAAAAGAGCGCCUUGAGGAGAAGCAGAGGGUUGCGCGUAAAGAGCGAUCCAAGGAUGAGGAGGAGUGGUCAACCAGGUGGUUCCAGCUGGGAACAAACCCUCACACCGGAGGAGAGGACUGGCUGUACAAGGGGGGAUACUUUGACAGGAAUUACGUGGACUGUCCCAACAUUUACUGACAUAGGAAGAUAUUUUCACUUGUUUCUAUUGACAUCUUAAGACUGGUGUGCCGUAUAGGACACUGUGGCUGCUAGCAUUUGAACUCAAGAGAAGAUCAUGAUCACGUCAGCCAUAGAAAGGUUUGAGUAAGUUUACUUCCUGUAGAUCAUAUGCCCACUACCCUCACCUUUUAUGUGCUCUACUUGUGUUUCUGAUGAUAACAGUAAUAGUCCACAUUGAGUAAAUGUUACACAUGUUGAAAAGGAUUUAAACCACCUGUGUGAUCUCAAUAGAGCCGAACAUGCUGCUACGGGACACAAAGCUUCAAUUUAUGUUUUAGUUUAGGUACUAAUCUAAACUGUUGCAUCUACACACCAUCUACGUCUUUUGGGUUGUAUAAAAAUAAUAUCAAUAUCAGGACUUAUUUAAACACAUACGCUACUUUACUAUAAACUGUAAAAAACAACAAUUGUUCGCUCUAAACACAGAAGUGUUUUCUAUCAUGAGUAAGAAAGAGAGAAAGCGGCUUAUGCUUAAGUUUACUUGCACAAGAAAAUCAUUUUGGUACAUGUUAUUGUUUUCCUCUGUAUCUCAGAUAACGUGUUGAAUAGUUGGUGCAUGUAUUGUCAUCAAGCUGGUCCUCUACACCUCUUAAAGCCAUAAUUUACUUUUUGCACUGAGGUAAAUCAAUACUGUUAAUGUAUUUACACAAUACUUCAAAGCAAAGGGAUUGUGAGCAUUUUAGGUUCAACAGAAAGCUGUGACUUUUGCCUUUUAUUUUCAAACAAGUACCAUUAAUUCCGACAUGCGAGAGUUUUUUUAAUUUUCUUCCUACAACGAAAGCCUUGUAUUUCAGAGCAGGGCCUAAACCUAUGCAAAGUGAUCCACCCAGUCUACCUUUCUGAAAUGUGAAACAUGUAACAAAUGUAAUUUCUGUUGAGCAUGUAGUCGACAUGCGAUUGCGGACUACAGUCCUCACCAAGUGAGCAUGUACUGUGAUGUUUUCAUUUUG